GCAUUACUUCAACAUUUAAGUAUUCUGUUAUUGAUUACUCAUCAUUUACUAUAAUCAUAAUGACUAUCAGUACAAUAAAUCAUAUCGUAUCAGCUGCUUGUGUCUCAUAUCAGUGCAAACUAAGCUAUUCUGUUCUAUAAAUUGGUUAUUACACAAAAGUGCACUGAAGUUUUAAGGUGAGCAGAGACUAAUGGUGACAUGGCCUCUCUUCAGACUUUUCUCUUUUUGUGUUUAUGUACUGCAAGUCUGUGUUUGCCAACAUCCUCUCUCCCAGGUGAUACUGAAAUUGAUGUAGGUCAUGUAAAACACCACUACAUAUUGGACAUAAAUGAAGGUGAUACUGAAAUUGAUGUAGAUAAUGGGAAAGACCAGGACAUAUUUGACAUAAAUGAAGAGGCAGGACUUAACUUGCUUGAGGGAGAUUUGGUCAUUGAUGAGGCAGAGGGAAGAAAUGGUAUUUUGGGUGAAAAGUAUCGCUGGCCUACCCCUGUGCCAUAUGUCUUGGAUAACAGUCUUGAAAUUAAUGCCAAAGGUGUGAUACUAGAAGCAUUUGAGCGAUUCAGACUCAAGACAUGCAUUGACUUCAAGCCCUGGAGUGGAGAACCAAACUACAUUUUUGUUUUGAAAGACGACGGAUGUUAUUCUUCGGUGGGAAAUCGGCAUGUUGGAAAACAGAAACUGUCGAUUGGUUCAAACUGUGAUGGAUUGGCAACGGUAGAGCAUGAAUUUCUACAUGCUUUGGGUUUCUGGCAUGAGCAAUCCAGAUAUGACAGAGAUGAUUAUAUUAUCAUAGUCUGGGAUCAGAUUGAAGAAGGCAAAGAGAAAAACUUUAAUUUACAUGAUGACACGGAGUCAACCAGUUUUGGUGUCCCGUACGACUACAGUUCUGUCAUGCACUACAGUAAGACAGCCUUCAGCAAAAACAAAGAGCCAACUAUGGUUCCCAAGAUCCCAGAGUUUAUAAAUGUGAUCGGCCAGAGCAUGGAGUUCAGUGACAACGACCUGCUCAAGCUUAACAGGAUGUAUAACUGCAAUGCAUCCUCAACUUUUCUGGACUCUUGUCAUUUCGAACAGCCGAACAUCUGUGGUAUGAUCCAAGGUGAGGGUGGGAAUGCCAGAUGGGCUCGAGUACAAACAGCUGAGGGCGGUCCGAAAACAGACUUCUCAAAUCUGGGCCAAUGUCAAGGUGUUGGGUUCUUCAUGCAUUUCAGCACAAUCACAGGUAACUAUGGAGACAAGGCUUACCUGGAGAGUCGUUUCUUUUAUCCCAAAAGAGGCUUCCAGUGCCUGCAGUUUUAUCAUUACAACAGUGGGGCCGCUGAUGACCACCUAAACAUCUGGGUGCGAGAAUAUACAGAUGAUAACCCCAAAGGAGACCUGAGAUUUAUUCAAAAGAUUAGUGGUGGACUUCAACAUUCCUGGGAGCUGUACCAUGUGUCCCUAGAUGUCUCUCAUAAAUUCAGAGUGGUGUUUGAGGGGGUUAAAGGACGUGACGCAUCAAAAGGCGGUCUGUCUCUGGAUGACAUCAACCUCUCGGAGACACAGUGUCCUCAUCACAUUUGGCGUAUUCGUAACUUUACCAAACUUCUCGCUACAACCCCCGUCGGUUCUAAAAUCUAUAGCCCACCCAUCCUGUCCAGGGAAGGUUACUCGUUCCAGGUUAGUUUGUACAUUAAUGGCAGGACCAAUAGUCCAGAUAAAAUGGCGAUCUUCUUCCACUUGACCUCGGGACCUCGUGAUGACAAUCUCCAAUGGCCAUGUCCAUGGCGGCAAGCUUCAAUGGAGAUGAUGGAGCAGAAUCCGGACAUCCAAAAACGCAUGAAUAAACUCAGGAUGAUGACUACGGAUCCAACCAAGACCUCCACUGAUUCCAUGGGUAACGUGAAGUAUUUCUGGGAUAACCCACGAAAAGUGGGAAGUCUGGUCACUGACAAAGAUGGUAACACAUACUACCGAGGGACAGGUUUGGGCACCAACAGUUUCAUCUCACAUGAACACAUGAAGAGUCGAACCUUUAUUAAAGGAGAUGAUGUAAUCUUUCUCUUCUCUCUUAAAGAUGCCACUGGACUUUUGGAGACUUGGAAAGCAGAUCUGAGAUCAGGUGUUGAUGACUCUACAACCGCCUCCACUGGCAGUGCCACGGUAACGGUGGCAAUAAGUGUAUUUGUGGCAGCUGUCGCAUUCUUGGGUGUCGUCGUAAGCGCAUCGUACUACGUGCGGAGAGUCCGAAAAAGAGGACAGAUGGAAAGAGAUGGAGAGAUUGAACUGGAGAGGACAGAUGGUUGAUAAAUACUCAUUUAAAAGAAUGUGGACUAAACACCAACUUUGAUGCAGAAUACAUCCUAAAUACCCAAUGAUGUCAAUUGUUAAGUGUAAUGUAAAUAAAAUGUAUAUGAAUGCAAGUAGAUUGUACUGAAACCUGUUAUAGUGAUGGGCUAAGAUAAUAAAUCAAACAAAUUUACAAAAAUAAAAUGCCUUUCAAUUUUGCUUCAAAUAAAAUAAACUCAGCCAUUGAUGCUUG